CCUACGCGUAUCUACAUACCUAGGCAUCCCGCCCUCAUCCACCAUCACCACUACCGACCGCCGUCGUGCGCCACCUGAACCUCUGCCACGCCCGAUUCUUUGUUCGUCAUUCGUGGCCACUGGAACAUUGAUCCUUCUCUCUUCCCUUUUGAUUCUCAACUUUGGCUGACUGGCUGUUAUCGGACCAUGGCGGACCAGCAACCCGAAAACGACAAGCAGCCUGACGCUCUUUCUGAUGCGGACAAGAUUCGUGCGAAGAGAUUAGCAAAGCUCGGUGGGCCAUCGCCUAGCCCUGCUUCCACCUCACAACUCACCUCACCUCCUUCUACAACGCCAUCCAGCAGCACCCCGCGGCCUGCGCAGAACCCCGAAGCCGCCCCACCACAACACCCUGCCUCCUCACAAAACCCUUUCUCGCAGCUUGGUAUAAAACCAGAGAACCGGGCUGCCCCCGCAAUCAACAUCACCCCGAAGCCGACGGCGAAAUCCAAUGGCGGCAUAUCCAACCAAGGUGCUUCGAAAGCACUAGACACGAGCCUUGAAGCCUGGAUAAAUAAGACUAUUGGCGCUAUUUUCCGCAUUACGCUCGAUACGAGCUCGACACGCGACACUCAUGGACACCGUCUAUUCUUCGUUGCUGGCGUGCGGCGUGACCUGGAAGAAGCAGGCUCCCCCAUUCAGCUCACAAUCGACGUUCUCGAUAGUGCAAUAGUAGAAUCAGCACAAAGCAGAUCAGAAGGCAAAGCACUGGAUUAUCUGCUGGGCUGCUGGAAGCGGGUGUCCAAGCUGUUUCGGAGCUUGCAGAACAAGAACGAUCCAAAAUUCGAGGUUGCUAAAGAAGCACGCCGAGUAUGUUUCAGCUACUCGGUAUUCGCUGCCACUAUUCCUGAUAUGUUCGGCGAAGACGAGUCGCCAGUGAAUCCCUUGGCCGAUCACCUUCUCGUGGACCCAGAAAACGACCAAGGUAUCUGUCAUGACUUCAUAACGGAGGCUGUUACUCGUUUUGAAGAGGAUGAAAGCGUCAAAGAGCUCCUUGUUGGUGCUAUAGAAGAGCUGAGCCGGAGGUUGUCGAGGAUGAACAUGAAUGACGACUAUCGACCAUAUAUGCUGGCCAUGCGGAAUUUUGUUCGCUAUCGACCUCUCCUUGAAGCCAUGGCACAAUCUCCCACUUUUCUCCCGGCGAACAUCGAGGCGAGCAGCAUCGAAAGCAUGACUCUUCUGGGCCCCUUCUUCACAAUCUCCCCGCUUCAAGGACAAGUGGCUCUCAACUAUUUCUCAAGCCCCACUACGCGCGACAAGUCCUAUAUAUCCAAUUCUCAAAAUGCAUUACGCUUGGCCUUACAGGCCCAUCAAGACGAGCUUUUCGAUAUUGCCAACUGUUUCAUCAAGGUCAAAGACGCUAGAGAGCAGAUCCUUAAUUGGUUUGCUCUGACAGUGAAUGCCAAUCACAAGCGAAGAGCCAUGCGUGUGGACCCCAAGACUGUCUCAUCAGAUGCCUUCAUGGUGAAUGUCACCGUCAUACUGGACCGAUUAUGUGAACCCUUCAUGGAUGCAACUUUCACCAAAGUCGAUCGCAUAGAUAUUGACUAUCUGCGCCGGUCACCUCGUGUCUCGAUCAAGGAUGAAACCAAAAUCAAUGCCGAUCAGCAAGUCUCGGACGAGUAUUACAGCGAUCCUCUUGGGGGUACCGACAACUUCAUCACGGAGAUAUUCUUCCUUACAGUCGCUGCUCACCACUACGGUAUAGAAGCCGCUAAUACCAAAUUGUCUUCGUUGGAGAAGGACAUGAAGCAUUUGGAGAAGGAGCUGGCUAAGAUUGAGUUAGAGCGACAUAAAUACGCCUCCAAUCCUGCUCAACUUAACAUAUUCGAUCGACAUGUGCAAAAGAUGAAGGACCAGCUUGAAAAGGGCCAGUGUACCGCACUUGCUACAAAGGGCGUUCUUUUGGACCAAACCAUACAGACGCGAUCCAUGCAAUUUAUGCGAUAUGUCAUCGUCUGGAUACUGCGCCUCGUUUCGCCCGGUUCAACGUUUCCCAAGAGCGCCAUCCAGCUCCCGUUACCAAAGGAACAGCCCAAGGCCUUUCAAUGUCUACCGGAAUACUUCCUCGAAGAUAUCUGCGAUAACUUCAAGUUCAUCACCCAGUACAUGCCUCAUGUCAUCACGUCAACACAGUGUGAAGAAUUGAUGGUCGUGUGCAUAACAUUCCUCCGCAGCUCCGAAUACAUCAAGAACCCCCACCUGAAAGCUCACUUAGUGCAAAUCCUGUUCAACGGUAUAUGGCCUUUCCCAGGUAAGGCUAAAGGCGUUCUUGGAGACGUUUUGUUCGCCCACAAUUUUGCAACAAAAUACCUGCUACAUGCAUUGAUGAAGUUCUACAUCGAAUGCGAACGCUUACACGACAAGUACAACAUACGGUACGAGAUUUUCCAGGUGAUCAAGUGUAUAUGGCCCAAUAUCAUCUACCGAGAAAACCUCGAGGCCGAAGCGCAGACUAAUCUGGACUUCUUCGUACAAUAUGUGAAUUUGCUACUCAACGAUGUCACCUUCGUGCUGGAUGAAUCGUUUACAGCUUUUACCCAGAUCCAUGAUCUUUCGAAAUCGCUCAGAGCACCAGAUGCAGGUCUUGACGCGAAUGCUCGACAAGAGCAGGAGGAAAAAUUAGCCACAGCCCAAGAUAAGGCCAAGAAUUAUAUGGCACUAACCAACGAGACGGUUGGCAUGUUGAAGCUCUUCACUGAAACUUUAGGUGAUUCUUUCACGAAGAAAGAAGUCGUAGUCCGCCUGGCUCAUAUGCUCGACUACAACCUUGAGGCCCUAGUCGGACCCAAGAAGGCCAAUCUCAAGGUUGAAAACCCGCAAGACUACAAUUGGAACCCGCGGCAACUACUGUCUGAAAUUGUGGAUGUGUACUUGAACUUGAAAGAGAAGCACUCGUUCCUUGAAGCUGUUGCUACUGAUGACCGAUCGUAUCGAUCAUCCUACUUUACCGAGGCGGCGAAGAUUUUACAACGCCUUGCACUAAAGGCUCCUGAACAGCUCCAAGAGUGGGACCAACUUGCUGAGCGAAUUCGAGCUGUCAAAGAGGAACACGAUAUGGAGGAUGCGGACCUGGGCGAUAUCCCCGACGAGUAUCUUGAUCCCCUUCUUGCCACUCUGAUGGAGGACCCGGUGAUCCUACCCGUGAGCCGGCAGACGUUGGACCGGAGCACAGUGCGUAGUCAUUUGCUCAGUGACCCGCAUGACCCGUUCAACCGCGCACCACUCACCAUUGACGAGGUCAUUCCCAAUGAUUCUUUGAGAGCAGAGAUUCAACAAUGGAAGGCUACUCGGUUGGCCGAAAAGAGAGAGGAGCGAAGCUCAGGGGAGGCAAUGGAUACCUCUUAG